GUUGAGAUAUUUUGAUUGGGGCUUUGGCUUUCAAAAUGAAAAAUCGAUGGGCCGACUAGGCAAGAUGGAGCGUUUCCCUCCGGCCAAUAUUUCCGAGCGGUUCGGUUCGGUUCGGUCCUAGAAAUGUAUGAGCCGACCGAACCAAUUCACAGUGUUGUUCCCUUCCCAGAGGAUUCAAGCUUACAAAACUCGACCUUCUUUGGUUCUUGUGAGGAAUAGAACGAAACCAUCAUCGUUUUCAUCGAGGGCAAGGGCAAUCUACUCCCUCUCCGCAUUGCCAAGAUUUCCUUAAUAUUAAGUUUCUCCAUUUCAACGAGCUUUGGGCUCAACAAUUUCUGAAACUGCGAGGAGGGGGGUCGAUUAUUGAUCCAUAGCUCCUCCCAAGUAUUGCAAGUUUGAAGCACUCAGAGAAGCAGCAAGGGCAAUUUAUGGCUUAUUCUCGUGGACACGACUUCUUGUUUUGCAACUUGUGUGGGACUAUGCUAUCUUUCAGCUCAACGAAAUAUGUUGAGUGUCCUUUGUGCAAGUCCAGGCGUAGUGCAAAAGAGAUCAUCGGUAGAGAAAUAAGUUACACAGUUACUGCUGAGGAAAUUAGAAAGCAGUUGGGGAUUUCAUUAAUUGAUGAAGAGAAAGUGCAGCUAUCAAAGGAAAGGAGGAGAUGUGAAAAAUGUGGGAAUGAUGAAGCUUGGUUUGAGAGCAGACAGAUGAGAUCGGCUGAUGAAGGGCAGACCACCUUUUAUACCUGCACCAAGUGCCAUCAUCAGACCAGAGAGAAUUGAUCCUUCUAUGUUUUAUGAUAAUCAUCAUCUAUGAAAUGAUUAGGAUAGCUCCGAUGUAGUCUCGUCUUUUAAGUACGACAAAUAUAGGUUACGGAGAUUUGAAAGUCCAACCUCAAAGGGAAGGAGUACAUGUCAUUUUUGUGUUAGCAUUCUAAUGUCUCAAACAUUAAUUUGAUCAAUUAUGCUCUUAAGUAAACAUCAUUAUACUGUCAACCCACCAUUACUACUUUAAUAUUAGAAAGUUGUGGAGUUCAUUCUUUAAA